CUCCGUUGCUCGCUGCUGCAUCCCACGCAGAGCCCAGCCGCAGAGGCCGGCAGCAUCCUCGCUUCCAAGGCCAGUUGUGAGUCUGAAAGCUCGGAGCCAUGACGACUCACGUAACACUAGAGGAUGCUCUGUCCAAUGUGGACCUGCUGGAGGAGCUGCCAUUACCUGAUCAGCAGCCAUGCAUCGAGCCACCUCCAUCGUCUAUCAUGUACCAGGCCAACUUUGACACCAAUUUUGAAGACAGAAAUGCCUUUGUAACUGGCAUUGCCAGGUAUAUUGAACAAGCUACAGUGCACUCAAGCAUGAAUGAAAUGCUGGAGGAAGGACAUGAAUAUGCAGUGAUGCUUUACACCUGGAGAAGCUGUUCCAGGGCCAUUCCCCAGGUAAAGUGCAAUGAACAGCCAAAUCGGGUUGAGAUUUAUGAAAAGACUGUGGAAGUCUUGGAGCCAGAAGUUACAAAGCUCAUGAAGUUCAUGUAUUUUCAGAGAAAGGCCAUUGAGCGAUUCUGCAGCGAGGUAAAACGUUUGUGUCAUGCAGAGAGAAGGAAAGACUUUGUUUCUGAAGCGUAUCUAUUGACACUGGGAAAGUUUAUCAACAUGUUUGCUGUCCUGGAUGAAUUGAAAAAUAUGAAGUGCAGUGUCAAAAACGACCACUCUGCCUACAAAAGAGCAGCCCAGUUUUUGAGGAAAAUGGCUGACCCCCAGUCUAUUCAGGAAUCACAGAACCUUUCCAUGUUCCUAGCAAAUCAUAACAGGAUCACACAGUGCCUGCAUCAGCAGCUAGAAGUCAUUCCAGGUUAUGAGGAGUUGUUGGCUGAUAUUGUGAACAUCUGUGUGGAUUACUACGAAAACAAGAUGUACUUGACGCCCAGUGAGAAGCAUAUGCUCCUAAAGGUGAUGGGCUUUGGUCUCUAUCUCAUGGACGGAAAUGUCAGUAACAUUUACAAACUAGAUGCCAAGAAGAGAAUCAACCUCAGUAAAAUUGACAAGUUUUUCAAGCAGCUGCAGGUGGUUCCUUUAUUCGGCGAUAUGCAGAUAGAGCUGGCCAGAUACAUUAAGACCAGUGCUCACUAUGAGGAGAACAAAUCCAAGUGGACAUGCACUCAGAGCAGCAUCAGUCCCCAGUACAAUAUCUGCGAGCAGAUGGUUCAGAUCCGAGAUGACCAUAUCCGCUUCAUCUCCGAACUUGCUCGCUACAGCAACAGUGAGGUUGUGACUGGCUCAGGAUUGGACAGCCAGAAGUCAGAUGAGGAAUACAGGGAGCUUUUUGACUUGGCUUUACGGGGACUGCAGCUUCUGUCCAAGUGGAGUGCACAUGUUAUGGAAGUGUAUUCUUGGAAGCUGGUCCAUCCUACUGAUAAGUUUUGUAACAAAGAUUGCCCAGGCACUGCUGAGGAGUACGAAAGAGCCACACGAUACAAUUACACCAGUGAGGAGAAGUUUGCGUUUGUGGAGGUGAUUGCUAUGAUAAAAGGUCUGCAGGUGCUCAUGGGCCGCAUGGAGAGUGUUUUCAACCAAGCCAUCAGGAACACAAUCUAUGCAGCUCUGCAGGAUUUUGCUCAGGUGACACUGAGAGAGCCACUAAGGCAAGCUGUCAGGAAGAAGAAGAAUGUCCUUAUCAGUGUCCUCCAGGCAAUUAGAAAGACAAUCUGUGAUUGGGAGGGAGGACGUGAGCCUCCAAAUGACCCCUGUCUGAGAGGCGAGAAGGACCCCAAAGGUGGUUUCGAUAUCAAGGUCCCACGCCGAGCUGUAGGACCUUCUAGCACACAGCUUUAUAUGGUGAGAACCAUGCUGGAAUCGCUCAUUGCAGACAAAAGUGGCUCAAAGAAGACUCUCAGGAGCAGCCUGGAUGGACCAAUAGUUCUGGCCAUUGAAGAGUUCCACAAACAGUCCUUCUUCUUCACUCAUCUUCUCAACAUUAGUGAGGCCCUCCAACAGUGCUGUGACCUAUCCCAGCUUUGGUUCCGGGAAUUUUUUCUGGAGUUGACCAUGGGCCGCCGGAUUCAGUUCCCUAUUGAGAUGUCUAUGCCUUGGAUUCUAACAGAUCACAUCCUGGAAACCAAAGAACCUUCUAUGAUGGAGUAUGUGCUGUAUCCAUUGGACCUCUACAACGACAGCGCUUAUUAUGCUUUGACCAAGUUUAAAAAGCAGUUUCUCUAUGAUGAAAUUGAAGCAGAAGUCAACUUGUGUUUUGAUCAAUUUGUUUAUAAAUUGGCAGACCAGAUCUUUGCUUACUAUAAAGCAAUGGCUGGCAGUGUAUUACUGGAUAAACGAUUCCGGGCUGAAUGUAAGAAUUAUGGAGUGAUUAUCCCUUACCCGCCAUCCAACCGCUAUGAAACGUUGCUCAAACAGAGACAUGUCCAGCUGCUGGGCCGAUCCAUCGACCUAAAUAGACUCAUCACUCAGCGUAUCUCAGCCGCAAUGUACAAAUCACUAGACCAGGCUAUUAGCCGCUUUGAAAGUGAGGAUCUGACAUCCAUUGUGGAGCUUGAGUGGCUUUUGGAGAUAAACCGCCUGACGCACAGACUGCUGUGCAAGCACAUGACCCUGGACAGUUUCGAUGCCAUGUUCCGAGAGGCCAAUCACAAUGUCUCGGCUCCUUAUGGUCGCAUCACCCUGCAUGUCUUCUGGGAGCUGAACUUUGACUUUUUACCUAAUUACUGCUACAAUGGGUCUACUAACAGAUUUGUACGGACAGCAAUUCCAUUUACCCAAGAACCCCAGAGAGAUAAACCAGCCAACGUCCAACCGUACUAUCUUUAUGGAUCUAAGCCACUCAACAUCGCCUACAGCCACAUCUAUAGCUCCUACCGGAACUUUGUGGGACCUCCUCAUUUCAAGACAAUCUGCCGGCUCCUUGGAUACCAAGGGAUUGCUGUGGUGAUGGAAGAAUUGCUGAAGAUCGUAAAGAGCCUGUUGCAAGGGACCAUCCUUCAGUAUGUGAAAACCUUGAUAGAGGUGAUGCCAAAGAUCUGCCGCCUGCCAAGGCAUGAGUAUGGAUCUCCAGGAAUCCUGGAGUUUUUCCAUCACCAGCUGAAGGACAUAAUUGAGUAUGCAGAGCUCAAGACUGAUGUGUUCCAGAGUCUGAGAGAAGUGGGUAAUGCCAUUCUUUUCUGCCUUCUCAUAGAGCAGGCCUUGUCCCAGGAAGAAGUGUGUGAUUUGCUGCAUGCUGCUCCCUUCCAAAAUAUUUUGCCCAGGGUCUACAUCAAAGAAGGAGAACGCUUGGAGGUACGCAUGAAGCGUCUCGAAGCCAAAUAUGCCCCACUUCACCUGGUUCCCUUAAUAGAGAGGCUGGGAACACCGCAGCAAAUAGCCAUAGCCCGUGAAGGAGACUUGCUGACCAAAGAGAGGUUGUGCUGCGGCCUGUCCAUGUUUGAGGUUAUCCUGACUCGCAUUCGGAGCUACCUCCAGGACCCCAUCUGGCGCGGGCCUCCCCCUACCAAUGGCGUCAUGCAUGUUGACGAGUGCGUUGAGUUCCACCGGCUCUGGAGUGCCAUGCAGUUUGUGUACUGCAUUCCUGUGGGGACAAAUGAAUUCACUGCUGAGCAAUGUUUUGGAGAUGGGCUGAACUGGGCUGGCUGCUCAGUCAUAGUCCUCCUGGGACAGCAGCGUCGCUUUGAUCUCUUUGACUUCUGUUACCACCUGUUAAAGGUGCAGAGGCAGGAUGGGAAAGACGAAAUCAUAAAGAAUGUGCCUCUUAAAAAGAUGGCUGACCGGAUCAGGAAGUAUCAGAUUCUGAACAAUGAGAUUUUUGCCAUCCUGAACAAGUACAUGAAGUCAGUGGAAACAGACAGUUCUACAGUCGAGCAUGUGCGCUGCUUCCAGCCCCCCAUCCACCAGUCCUUGGCCACCACCUGUUAAAUAGUCCAUGCUGGAAAUGAAAUGUGAGCAUUCGUGUCUCUACAUCUGAAGUCAGUGAGGAAGGAGCAACUGGAUCUCAGAGGCCUGGAAGGGAAAACCCUGAGAAAACAGAUCUGUCAACAGUGCAGACUUGGAUGGACCCAGUAUACAAAGAAGCAUUUUCCUAGAAGGCCUGUUUUGAAUGCAUGUUCUUCUAUAGUAUCUUUCUGGUUGGUUUUACCCAUAGCUUUGAAAUGUGGUGAGAUGGAGCAAAAUGUGGUUUUUUUCUCCUGUGGUAUCGUCCGCUUUUGUGAUGACCAAGAACAACCCAAUCAAGCACAAAACUUUAUGGCCCUUAAAAGAGUUGUUGUUGUUUCGGGGGGGUACAGUUGAAACAGUCAUCGCUUCAGUGUGUUGCAAGUCUUCCACUGGAUGCACCAUGAGACUGAAAAGCCUUCCUGCUUGAUGGGAAACAAUGGCUUAAAUGUUUAAAACAUUCAGAAAUGCUAAGUUGCUCCUGCAAUAGAUGAUAAAGAGCUGUGCGAUUUACGCAAGCAAAAAA